CGACUCCUGCAGUUCAAUGUCAUUAUCACCAUCACUGGAUGUGACAGCCGGUCUGCAGUCACAGAUUCUUCUUUGGCUCCUUCAUCCAACAUUUACGCGUUACCUUUUUUAAGGUCGGGAGGAGAUUUGCUGACAGAUUUCUCUGGCACGUUUUGUUUCGUUGGAUGACUUUGUAGGCUGGUGUGCUGCACCGCUGUGUUGUUAUUAUUUCACUUUUGGAAGAUAAAUCAAAGAGUGGGCGCGUAAAAUCCCUUCUUUCUUGGUGCGUAAAAGCUUGUCCAUGAAUGACGCGUCGUGCGUUUCGUCAGUGAAAGCUGGGUAAGUUUUAUCAGAGGCACUGAUGAGCUCCUGUCAGACGGAGACUUUGGCUUCUUCUGAGGGAACCUGUUGGAUUAUAACCAAAUCUGUUACUUUCAAAAAGACGACAAGUUUGGAGAGCCUGUUUUUUUCCUCCUUCUGGUGCGUCCUCAGCUGAUAUUUGUUUGACCCUGCAGAUUCCAACCUUCCUGUGGUGAUUACAUGGUCGAAAAUAUGUUUUUAUGUAACACGAGUGCCAUAAAGGACUGGAGCUACUUUCUGUCUCAGAUAUUGCCGCUGAUGAAUAAAACUACAGGCUUGGUAAACAUGGACAAAGCGGAGGAUGUGACCACCACCACCAUGGUGACUGCUCUGCAGCCGGACAGCGCCAUGAUGAGCGCCAGUAACCCGCCUCUCAACUCCAACCAGACCUCCGGCAUGGAGCACGUCUUCCAGUACUCUUACUCCGAGAGUGACCUGCUGUACACGGACUACCGGACACCGGCACGAGACCCCAUCCCGCUGCCCAAAGCGGUGCUCUACCUGGUCAUGGCCGCGCUGGUGGUGGUGGCGGUGGCCUAUGCCAUAGUUGGACACCUGGUCAAAGAUGUGGUCAAUGAGUUUGUCGGUGGAGGCAGGUCGAUGGUUGCUGAAGGUGACGGUGGUGAAACCAGUGAACCAGACUGGGUGUUUGGCUCUCGGCGAGUUCCCUACCACAACAAGACUGAGGUGAACUGCAUCACCAACAACAUGAACGAAAUGAGUGAGUUGGGCGAGAGGCCCCGGCUGGUGGAAAUGAGCUACAUAUCCCUGAACCACACCAACUGCCUAAGUUCCAACAGAACAGAGGAGACGGUGAUCACCAUAGAUGAGACGUUACAGCAGCGACCGCCGGACACUCACUCUGGGACUUAACCUGUGACCUCCUGACCUCCCCUGAGAGAAAUAAAGCAACUUGCGUUUCUUGUUCAAGUGGAUGUACAAGUCUGUCAUGAAUUGAAGCUCCAUCCACUGUUUUAUCACCUGCAGGUGGGCUGUAAUACCUGUGUAAUGUUGGGCCAGAAGGGACUUUGAAUUGUCAACCCGUGUUGGAACAUUGGAGGCAUCGAAUGCUGAUGUUUGUAUCUGAUUGGACUCCUUUCUGUGGAGAUGACUAGAGAGGACGGCUGCAGCUUUUUUUGGACAAGCAGGCAGAGAAACGAGUGUUUUUUAAAUUUUUGUUCUCAUCUUGCUGCUCCUUUUUCAAGUGACCCCUUGUGAAAAUGUUAACGUGACACAUGCAGUUCACAGUAGCCACAAACAGUAUGUAAUCACUCUAAAUAUACAAUACAUGCCAGUCAGUGCUUAUUGUAAUAUUGCUGCUAGCACGGUUAAACACUUCACCUUCAUAAAAGCAAUGUUUUUUAUUUUCCUGGAUGCUGUGAGACACCUUUUUUGUAAUUAUUGUCAAAUUUGUAUCUAGCAGCUCAAAUGACACAGGAAGGAUUCAAAUGUUAAAACUAGGGCUGCCAAUCGAUUAUGCCAAAAAUAUUUAAUCGCCAUUAAUCGCAUGAUUGUCUAUGAUUAAUAGCAAUUAAUCGCGAAUUAAUUGCACA